CCAAUCAGAGGCAGCUGUUUAUUGUUGUCUCUGAUUGGGGAUCAUAUUUAGGAAGCCAUUUCCCCAUUGGUAUUCGUGGGAUCUUGUCUACAUUUAAUCAAAGUUGAGAGGACUCUGUCCGAAAGCACCAUGAUUUUGGGCCAGUGGGCUUCUGUGUUACGUGGACAUUCCAAAGUGACGGGUUCCAGAGGACCUCCUGGGCGGAGGUGAUGUCACUCUAGGAGAGAUGUAUAAAAGACAUGCAGGAGAGGAGACAGAUCCCACUCUCUCUGACUCUCCAAACCCUGCUGCAGGAGCCUUCCCUGGUCCUACUUGAAGACGGGGCAGAAUUUGGAUAAACGACCUGGUUGAACCACACCAGACUUCACACAGUGGCUCCAGACUUCACACACCUUUACUUGUCAGUUGCCGUAGAGAAGUCUAAGGGAAAAUAAGAACAUGCUGUGGAUCCUGGUGUUGGUGAUUUCUCUCAGUGUGAGCAGUGAGCUAGUAGCUGGUCAGAGAGAUGGAGAAAUCAUCAAUCAGAUCAAGGGAACAAAUCAAGCUCUGGCUGAGAUCAAAGAACUGCUGAAACAACAGAUCCAAGAGAUUGUGUUCCUGAAGAACACAGUGAUGGAGUGUGAAGCCUGUGGCAUGCAAGGUCCCCCUCGCCCCUCCUGUGACCCUAACCCCUGCCACCCGGGGGUAAAGUGCAUUGAAACAGCUGGCGGCAUCAAGUGUGGCCCCUGCCCUGAGGGCAUGGUGGGCAACAGUACCCGAUGCAUGGAUGUGGACGAGUGUGUGGUGAAGCCUUGCCACAUGGGUGUGCGCUGCAUAAACACGUCCCCAGGUUUCCGCUGUGGCCCCUGUCCAACUGGCUACACUGGCCCUCAGGUGCAGGGAGUAAGCCUCUCCUAUGCCACUAAAAACAAACAGGUCUGCAAGGACAUCAAUGAGUGCGAAGGACCCAAGAAUGGAGGUUGUGUGGAAAAUUCCAAUUGUGCAAACACACCUGGCUCGUUUAGGUGUGGCCUCUGUAAGGCAGGCUAUGUUGGGGAUCAGCGCAAGGGCUGUAAGCCUGAGAGAGCAUGUGGUAAUGGCCAGCCCAACCCCUGCCAUGCCAGCGGAGAGUGUAUUGUCCAACGAGAUGGGAAAAUAGAGUGUCAGUGUGGGGUGGGAUGGGCUGGCAAUGGCUACUUCUGCGGAUCUGAUAUUGACAUUGAUGGCUUCCCUGAUGAGAAACAGGAAUGUGCCGAGAGGAACUGUGCCAAGGAUAACUGUCAAACGGUACCCAACUCUGGCCAAGAGGACGCAGACAAGGAUGGUAUAGGAGACGCCUGCGAUGAAGAUGCAGAUGGGGAUGGAAUCUUAAAUACACAGGACAACUGUGUGCUGGUACCAAACGUCAACCAAAGAAAUGUGGACGAAGACGACUUUGGAGACGCCUGUGACAACUGCCGUAUGAUCAAAAACAACGACCAGAAAGACACUGAUAUUGAUAGACUGGGUGACGAAUGUGACGAAGACAUUGAUGGCGACGGAAUCCCCAAUAACCUGGACAACUGCAAAAGGGUUCCCAAUACUGACCAGAAGGAUCGGGAUGGGGACAAAGUCGGAGAUGCCUGUGACAGUUGCCCUUACGUUUCCAACCCUGACCAGUUGGAUAUGGACAACGACUUGAUCGGAGACCCUUGUGACACCAAUAAGGACAGUGAUGGUGACGGUCACCAGGACUCUCAGGACAACUGCCCUGCGGUCAUCAACAGCGCCCAGCUGGACACGGACAAGGAUGGCCUGGGGGACGAGUGUGACAACGACGAUGACAAUGAUGGUAUUCCUGACCUUCUGCCCCCGGGACCGGACAACUGUCGCCUCAUUCCCAACCCUCUGCAGGAGGACUCUGACGGUGAUGGGGUUGGGAACCUGUGCGAGAACGACUUUGACAACGACACCAUCAUCGACAGCAUCGAUGUGUGCCCAGAGAACGCUGAGGUUACUCUCACAGACUUCAGGGCCUACCAGACAGUGGUGCUGGACCCGGAGGGAGACGCACAGAUAGACCCUAACUGGGUGGUGCUCGAUCAGGGUAGAGAGAUCGUCCAAACUAUGAACAGUGACCCUGGACUGGCUGUUGGUUACACGGCUUUCAACGGCGUUGACUUCGAAGGGACGUUCCAUGUGAAUACGGUAACAGACGACGACUAUGCAGGCUUCAUAUUUGGCUACCAGGACUCUUCCUCCUUCUACGUAGUGAUGUGGAAACAAGUUGAGCAGAUCUACUGGCAGGCCAAUCCGUUCCGAGCUGUGGCAGAACCAGGGAUACAACUGAAGGCUGUAAAGUCCAACACGGGACCAGGGGAAAAUCUACGUAACUCCCUGUGGCACACCGGAGACACCAGUGACCAGGUGAAGCUGCUGUGGAAAGAUGCCCGCAACGUGGGCUGGAAGGACAAGACCUCCUACCGCUGGUUCUUGCAACACAGGCCCCAAGAUGGAUACAUCAGGGUGCGUUUCUAUGAGGGUCCUCAGCUAGUGGCAGACACAGGCAUCAUCAUAGACACCACCAUGAGAGGAGGCAGACUGGGCGUCUUUUGCUUCUCUCAGGAGAACAUCAUCUGGGCUAACCUACGCUACCGCUGCAAUGAUACAAUCCCUGGGGACUUCGAUACAUACCAAGCCCAACAGGUCCAGCUGCAGUUCUAACAGGGCACGCACAUCUGCCCAAAUGAAGACUGAGAAGACAAUGCAUCUACAACCCCAACAUUCCGGAACACGUCUCCCAGAUGAACAGUACAGUGUUGCUUCUUAAAUGGCACCCAAUCUCCUAUAUAGUGUACUACUUUUGACUAAAGACUAUAUAGGGAAUAGGGUGCCAUUUCAGACGUACCCAGUGAGAUUUCACUCAGCAAAAUGGCGGCUGACAUAUUGAUCACCACCAGCAAUGACAGGAUUUUCCUGUCUUACAUUCGCUCCACAAUAAUUCCAGUUCUCAGGGGACUUUUGUCUACCAUUACUCUGUCACCAAUAUAUAAAUGUGAAAAUGUAUUUUUUUUUUAUAAUCAGGGUGUUGCCAAUAAAUGUGUUACAUUGUGAGGGGACCCUAUACAAAUAAAAACUUUUGAUAUGCAUUA